UUGAAUGGACUCACAGAGGCAGACUGGGAAGAGGGCAGCUUUUAGAUGCUAUUCCUGUCAUUGGCCUCUAGGAAUACCUGGGGUUGCCCAGGACAGAGCCUGUGGGCUAUGCACCAUUCCUAGGCAGAUGAUCAAGCUCUCCAGAGUUACCUUUUCUCAGGAAGUCUCAUAGGCCACUCCCCCUGAUGCAAUAUCUGGGUUUGGUCAGAAAGGAGGGUGCUGCAGAGCCCGCCCCUUCUGAGCUGUCUGGUCAGCUCUUCUUUCCAGAAGAAAUCAGGUUCCACUGCUGUUCAGACCUCAGCUCCAACAUCUUCGUCUGAAGCAAGAUGAAUGAGAUGGACAGAAUGCUUUAUUCUGGCAGGAAACAAUGUUCCGGAUCACACUGAGUCUUCAGACACAGACCGUCACGAUGGUUCUAGAAGAAAUCUGGACAAAUCUUAUCAAGUGGUUCUUCUACAUCUCAAUCCCAUGUUUGCUCACAGAUGCAGUGGCUGUUCUGCCUGCCCCUCAGAACCUCUCUGUGUCCUCAACCAACAUGAAGCACGUCUUGACGUGGAGCCCAGUGGUUGUGCCUGGUGAAACAGUACGUUACUCCGUUGAGUACCAGGGGAACACGUCAAAGUGGUGACGCAUGUGGGCAUUCCAGUGCACCUGGAAACCAUGGAGCCAGGAGUCGUGUACUGUGUGAAGGUCCAGGCUUUGGUGAAGGCCAUUGGGAAACACAGUCCCUUCAGCCAGGCAGAAUGUGUCGAGGUGCAAGAAGAGGCCCUCCCCCUGGCACUGGCCGUGUCUGCAUUUGUUGGCUUCGUGCUGAUCCUCGUGGUCGUGCCGCUCUCCAUCUGGAAAAUGGGCCGGCUGUUCCGGUACUCCUGCUGCCCGGUGGUGGGCCUCCCGGACACCUUGAAAAUAACCAGUUCUCCCCAGAAGCUAAUCAGCUGCAGAAGGGAAAAGGUGGAUGCCUGUGCCAUGGCCACUCUGUCUUCUGAUGAGCUCCUCAAGGCCUGGAUCUAGCGGGCGACGGGAAGGGCCCAGUGAGGCCAAGCAACUGGUGUGCCCAACACGGGAACCUCCAGAGGAGAGGCUGUAUUUCUGUUUUCCUCCUGGGACGAAGGACACAAGAAGUCACAGGAGCUGCUGUGUCCUUGUCAAGCACAGCAGUGUGGCCGUCGGAGCGCUCACGGUGGGAUGUGGCCUCCAGGCCGAGUGCUGACUGGGGAUGUGGCCUCCAGGCCGAGUGCUGACCGGGGAUGUGGCCUCCAGGCCGAGAGCUGACCGGUGAUGUGGCCUCCAGGCCGAGAGCUGCCAUGUGCAAGGGGAGCAACAACCUGUGGAAAGUGACUUAAUCCCUCUGGUCCUCAGUUUUCUCGUGUGUAAUGGGGGGACUAACCAUGCGUCUGUUGGUCUGUCUUUACAUAUAAAUGGACAUGUAAAUGUCUUUAUUACUAAAGUGUCAUAAGAAUGGCCAAGGCUCUACAGGCUGGCUGGCUUGGAGGUCCCACUUCCCGAUAGGAAACACUGAAGAGGAAAGGAAGGGUGGGAGCAAUGGGGUUGUUUACAUUUCACACCAAACGUCUGUGAGAGGCGGAUGGCUCGGGGAGUCCCGUGGUAGGUGGCCUGGAGGGGGGCCACAGCCCACUGAGAGAAGGAAGUGCGGGGCGCUGUGGAUUCACAGUACUGUAAGGGUGGUGGUGUGCACACCCAGGACAGCCAGUAAAGGUGUGUGCUUUAAGACGAGGAUGCAGAAGGAUAUUGGUACCUGUGAUGUUUGCUAUGCUCCUUUUUUUUUGCAGCGUUGCUAAAACAGAGAAUUAAAAAUAAAAAGGGGUCACCUUGGGUAAUCUUUUUGUUUCCUGUUUUUUUUUUUUUUUUUUUAAAAAAAAGCAGGCUUUAGGGUCCUAGUGACAUCAUCAACCUUGAGUCAAGAGAAGCCCUGAGGGACCCUUUGGUCCAGAGGAAUGGGUGAACCCCAGUGGGGUCUGGGGCAGGGAGGAGCCAGUCACCUGCACACAGUCCUGAGUUCACAGCCAGGAGCUGCCUGGGUUGGGGUCAGCCUCUGGUAUGAGAACCCCAGCUGAGGCAGCUGGCUGAAGCCUCACCUGGUUGGGCUCCUGGGUCUUUUCUGGAGGCUCACUCCACAGGAAAUCCCUCAGGAACCCUCUUUUCCUUGACAGAGCUCAGAGUGUUCUCAGCCCCUUCUUGUCGCUCAUCCAGGACUCCCUUGGGACCCACGCUCCCACCCAGCAGGUGGAGAAAAGAGCCAGCGUCAGAGAAGGAAUGGAGGGAGGCAAUUUCUUGAGGGCUGAAGGGAUUUUCAGGCAAGGCCUUCUCACUUUUUGACCAUCCCCCCGCCCCCAAGCUCUGGAACUCCUGUGCUGGUUCACCCCUUCUGGCCUCGAUCCACUCCCCAGCCCAAGUGAGACCAUCUAACUGCUCCAUCUAGGUGCUUCUUGCAGAGAUGGAGGCUUACAACCCUAAAUCCACCUGGGGGAGUCUCAAGUCGACAGGGGUGGGCUCUGUCCAGGGGUGUGAGACUGAGGAAGAUCUUUUCAUUUGUACAAUUUGCAGGCUCCUGUGUUAUCUGACUCUUCUAGAAAGACUGUUCAUUUUAUG